GUCGUGGCUCCGGCAUUUCUCUACACCGUCCAGCAUCUCUCGGGGUUGGCGUCAUAUGGCCGCAAAUCGUACAGAUUGAGUCUGAUAAGAUUUGGGGCUCAUACUUACGGCACAGACUUCCAUACGAGAGAGCUGUCAACGCGUCCUGCUUUCCUCGAACCCUUUCAUAUCAAAGUUAUCCCGCAAGCUGA